AUGGCACAUGAGACAGCAGGACGAGCAAAUGAUUCUGAUGUAUAUGACACUCCAUUACAGUCGAUUAUUGCAACUCCGCUAACUGAUUCACUUGUCAAUGAAAUCUUUCAGCAGCAAAAUAACGAUGGAUCAUUUCCAGCAACAAACAGAUUAGGUGAUUUAUUCAAUGUUGAUUUCGAAAACAUAAAACGUGAUUUGAUUAGCAAAGGCUUGAAUCCAUCAAUUUCCGACGAAAUUCUUCGUCUCAUCUCAACUGCUUCCAUUCUAUUCUACUUUCUAUAUCACAGCCAGAAAACAAACUUUCCUGUGGAUAUCAACGCUAUUAAACAAUUCGUAUCAAAUGCUCGUGCAGAAUUAGAAAGUUUCUGUUGCAAAGAUGAUCCCAUCGUGCAAACUUAUAUUGACAAGGGUGAAUCAGCAUCAAAUCAAUCUUUCUGA